CCCGAUCAGAUAGACGGAAACGCCUUCCCUUAAGGUUGCGUGUGUAUUUUUUUCCUGCUGUUUUUUUUGUAACCGUAGCUGGAUGUGUAGGACGUCAUAUGUUUUUUCUCCUCUUCACUCCAGCCACUCGGUGAUUAUGGGUUAUUUACUGUUUAACAGCUCUGGAUACGGAGCGCGCACCUCAGCGCCGGGAGACAGCUAAUACCCGCGGAGUCUUUAUAAGUCGAGGCUAUCCAAGUUGAAGCAAAGUGAGACUUUAUUAUAAUUCUUUUUUUCACAGCGCUGAGAGGAUGGCGAGUCCGCCGCCAGUGGUCGGACACUCGGUUUCGAAUCUGAACGUGAACAACAACAAUGUUAAAAAGUGUGGCUACCUGAAGAAGCAGAAGCACGGCCAUAAGCGCUUUUUCGUGCUGAAGGCGCAGAGUGACGGCUUCCCCGCGCGCCUCGAGUACUACGAGAGCGAGAAGAAAUGGAGGAACAAGGCGGCUGCUAAGCGCAUCAUACCGCUGGACUCGUGCCUGAACAUCAACAAGCGAGCGGACGCCAAGCACAAGCACCUCAUCGCGCUCUACACCAAGGACGAGUACUUCGCCGUGGCCGCCGAUAACGAGCAGGAACAGGAGAGCUGGUUUAGCGUCCUAACGGAUCUAAUGAACGAGGGCCGGGCGUGUGAGGGAUCCGCGUCUCACUCGGCUUCUUCGCUGCUCGGAUUCGACGAGACGAGCUACGGCGUGGUGACUCCGCUCAGCGCCGCGUACAAGGAGGUAUGGCAAGUGAACCUGAAAUCCAGGGGACUCGGGCAGACACGGAACCUGACCGGGGUCUACCGGCUGUGCUUGUCGAGCCGCACGAUUAGUUUUGUGAAACUGAACACGGAUGUCGCGUCUGUGAUUCUGCAGCUAAUGAACAUCCGGCGCUGCGGUCACUCGGACAGCUUUUUCUUCAUUGAGGUGGGCAGGUCAGCCGCCACCGGCCCCGGUGAGCUGUGGAUGCAAGCGGACGACUCGGUGGUGGCUCAGAACAUCCACGAGACGAUCCUGGAAGCCAUGAAGGCAAUGAAGGAGCUGAUGUGCGAGUUCCGGCCGCGCAGCAAAAGCCAGUCAUCGGGCACGAAUCCGAUCUCGGUGCCCGCGCGUCGGCAUUUAAAUCACUUACCGCCGAGUCAGACGGGGCUGCCGCGGAGAUCACGCACAGACAGCGUGGCCGCUUCGUCUCCCGGUGCCAAAGUCAAGUCGUGCCGGAUGCGCGCGGCGAGCGAGGGAGAUGGCACCACGACGCGGCCGGUGUCUCUCUCAGUAGCGGGAAGUCCCGUCAGUCCCGGAGUUAACCGGACACAUCUGAGCCGAUCCAACACGGUGGCAGCCCGGCCCUCGAGGACGUUUGAAAGCUCUUCUCUCCAGCACAGUAAGUCCAUGUGCAUGCCCGUGUCUCAUUCCCCUCCUUCAGUUGAUGCCAGUCCCGUUAGUUUGCCCUCCAGUGGUGCCCGCCCAGCCAGCUGUACAGCCUCCAUCGCCGGCUCACCCAGUGAUGCCGGUUUCAUCUCCUGUGAUGACUGUGGUUCCAGUCCAGGAGAUGCACCGCACACCUUAUUGGCUCACCGCAGCUCCACACCGGAGUCUUUUGCCGAGACGCCUCCCUCACGGGAUGGCAAUGACUUCUACGGCUACAUGAUUAUGGACAAACAAGGUGUUUUUGCACAUAGCAUUGGGAGACGUGGUACCCGCAUGGUGGAGGAGGGGGUCAGAGACCUAGAGAAAGCCUUCAGAAAGAGGACGUACUCUCUCACCAUGCCUCACCAGAAAAGAGUGCAGUCGCAGGUAUCUUCUGCCUCUCUGGAUGAGUACACGCUCAUGAGGGCCACUAUCAAAAACACAGGGCUUUCAGGGCGUAGUUCGCACACUGCAUCCCCUAAAGUUGCGUACCCUGAGGAUUAUGGUGAUAUUGAAAUCGGCUUUUUACAAAGAAGCACCAGUAGUAAUCUCGGUGAUGACGGCUACAUGCCGAUGACACCUGGCGUAGCACCUCUGGGUAGCAAGAUUGAAAACUACAUGCCCAUGAGCCCCAUGUGUGUCUCCGCCCCAAAGCAGAUCAUCAAUCCUAGGACACACCCCCUCACUUUAACCAACGGCUGCAGGACCAGCUCGCCCUGCAGCUGCUCUCUGGAUGACAGUGGCUACAUGAAGAUGCUAUGUAACUCCAAACUCUCUGUGGAGAGCUCAGAUGGGAAACUGACUAACACUGAGUACCUCAAUAUGUCCCCUGUAGACCCGUGUGUCUCCGACACGCCCCCAGAUUACUUCCCUAACACUGUGGGUGGCAUAGAGCAACACCCUCCUCUCAGACAUCCCUUCUCUUAUAGCUCUCUGCCGCGCUGCUAUAAACCCCAACAGAAGACAGAUAACGGAGACAGCGAUCAGUACGUCGUUAUGAGUCUACAAAACUGGAAAAUUGUAGAGGAGCCAGAGAAGGCAGCACCCAAAAUAACUCCCCCUCCUCUGAAGCAAAACAGAGCUGACAACAUGCUCCACAGAUCCAGGAUCAGCCGACCCACACGCCUGCCUCUGGAUUUGGUUCGUACGCUGCCUAGCAUGAAUGAGCACCCUUUGCCCUCUGAGCCCAAAAGCCCUGGUGAGUACAUAAACAUAGAUUUCGGCCAUGUCACACCGAGGUACUCCCCUCCCUCCACAGAGAGCCCUGCUUCGUCCGUGAGUUUCUCCAAUGAGCAGAGGAGGUCCCUUCUUUCAGAUUACAUGAACGUUAACUUGAGUUCGGAAUCACCCAAGUCUGGAGAUGCUGCUCCCUUCAGCCCUUUGGAUGCCAUGCCCGAGCUGGCUGUCUGCCCCGCCUCAUCCGAGGAGGAGGGACAAAUAAACGUUUACAACCUUACAUCACAGGUGGAAUCCUCAUGCCAGCCUAGCAUGGUGAAGGACGAUUACACUGAAAUGACAUUCUGCGUGUCUGCUUCUUCUUCUCAGCCUCUGUCUCAGACCACUAACUGUACCAAGCCUUCCAGCCCAUCAUCCUGUGCACGGAGGUUAAAUUUGAACGACUCUAUGGGAAUUCGACCGGUUGAGUCAUUCUUGCUGGGUGGCACCGACACACACCAGGUAGACCCAGAUCGGGGUGCCAAGGUGAUACGCGCGGACCCACAAGGACGGAGACGACACAGCUCGGAAACCUUCUCCUCCACCACCACUGUCACACCCGUUUUCCCCUCCUUCGCCCAUGAUGCAAGGCGGCACGGCUCAGCCUCUGUGGAGAACGUCUCCGCUCUGGCGAGGAACAGCGAGGGCUUGGAAGAGGAGUACGGCAGUCCCAUGUGCAGAGAGACAUCAGCAGGCUUUCAAAACGGACUUAACUACAUCGCCUUGAACCUUAUGGACGAUGGACUGGCCGGUUGCGAUGCUCUGGUUAGAUUCAAAGCUGCCAGCUGCUGUAAAGGAAGCAUGAGUGCAAUACAUGCCAGUCUCUAUGGAUUCAAGGACACAGCAACAGCAGUGAAAGACUAAACAGAUCCAGACUCCAUUUCUGCUCGGUUCCUCAGUUCUUCCCCGGGACCAGGAGGUACGAAGAGGAGGCAGGAGAAGUGGUCGUGUGGACAGAUGGGCCACACUGCUCCUGCUGUUGCUGCUGCUUCAACUCUCCCCUGAUCUUUGACCCCUGAAUUUGUAUGAAUGGCUAUCGUCAUGGCAACAUAGACACUUGACCUGCUCUUUGCCCCAGUGACGUGGUCCUCUAUCUCUGUGCUGCUCUGAAAAUGACUCUGGCCAAAAAAAACAAAGGCUGGACCACACAUCUGUCUGUGUCUCACUCCAUACUCACUCACCUAUAUAGUCUACACAUCUUCUUCUUUUUUUUUCUUCUUCUACUUCUUCUUCUUCUUGUUUAUGCUCCACUGGUUUUUGUUCAAGUGCUCUGGAUGUCAAGACGCCAGUGUCCCCUACAUACAGAAACCUGUGAAUGAACAUGGAGUUUAACAUCUGCACAUUUCCACACAAGUGUAUACAGACACAUACACGCACACAUACACAACACACACCAAUAUGGAUACAUGUAAAACCACACGUUGCACAUGGCACGUAUUUAUUUAUUUAUCUGUUUGCAUUCAGAGGUGUUUUGUAUGUAUGCAUGUAUGUAUGUAUAUAUGUAUGUAUAUUUAUGUGUGUGUGUGUGUGUGUGUGUGUGUGUGUGUGUGUGUGUGUGUGGAUGGUUGCAGCACUGCACAAAGGUGGCAUUUCAUCACAAACUUCACCAAUUCACUGAAAAACCCUACCUCAGAUUAAAGCCAGGUUUUUAGUUGCAUAUUAAAAAAAGAUAUAUUAUAUAUUAUGAAAAAAAAAAACCUAUUUAUUUUCAGUGCUGAAUGUCAUAAAAAAUGCCAAUCCAAAGCCUUACUGACUGUCAAACAGUGUUUGCUUUUGUUAUGGAAAUUUGUUAUGGACCUACAUACAUUAACACAGUGUCAAAGACAGACCGCAUGCCAUGGAAACUGAAUGCCUCUGAGUGCAGUAGACACAAAGUGGCUUUCAUCAUAGAUCAUGACUUCGGCAAUCAAAGAUUACUUUUAUUACUGUUCUUAUUCUAAGUAUUACACAGAUAUUGAAUACAUAUUAAUAUAAUUCUAUUUAUAAGUGUUGGAAAACAGCAGGAAAAGCAGCAUUAUGCUGCCCACACACGUACGCGCAUGCAAAGCGGGCUCUUUGAGAAGGAGAUUAGUUUGGAACAAACAGAAUCAGAUAGACUCGAGACACGUGGAGAAGUGUGUCGUGUACAAGGGCACCAAAACAGAGGUUUUGAUGGGGAAUAACCCGGUAAUGACUCCUGCUGCUUCACACUUAUUCACCACUAAAUAUCUUUCCUCUUUUAUCGCGGCCUUUCCUUUGCUUUAGACCAGGACAGCCAGCUCCACAUGCUCAGUUAUGGUUGGCACUGAGGUACACUGGUGGAGCAGUUGGUUAAUGGGAGAGACACAUUUCAGGGACAUCAUGGGAGGCUUUAAAGCAUUGCUGCUGCACCGUAGUGUCAGACAGGGACCGUGUCGUUACCAGUGCUUCGUCUCGCACUUACAACCGUUUUCGAUUGUAACACAAGACAAUUUUGAAUGUAGAGUGUUCUGCAGCUCCCUACAAGCAAAACAAAAGUGAAACAAAAUCCAUUCAAAAUUAUGACUGUCACAACCUAAACAACUGAAAUCAAACUGACACAUGUGACUUAUUUAAGUAUAUAAAAAACAUUUGCCUGGAAGCUUGUAAAUAGUGUAUAUAUAUAAUAAUGAUAAUGCAACUGAUGUGCAGUUGUAACCUUGGAUUUUUUUUUUAAGUUAAAGAUAAUACAUUUAUGUAUUUGUACAUACUGUACACAGUAUAUGUUUAAAUGAAUUUCCCCAAAAGCUAAAGCACUAAUGAAGGUACUGGCCAAACACCGACGUUUGACCUGGAGGUUUUCUUUUCUAAUUCUUUGCUAUGUUUGUAAGUAUGUGCAGAACUGCACGAUGAAUGCCACUAAGGAAAUAUUUUAUACUGCUGUUAUAUUUAAAAAUAAUAAUAAAACAACAACAAAACAAAUGUAAUUGAACGAUACUUGAUAUGAGAGCUCUAGCUACAUAGGUACAAUUUAACAUAUGGCAUAUGCAAUAUUUAAAUUUUUUAAAGAUUAGUUUACAGAAAGAAACCAAAUGUAUAAUAAAUACUGUAUUGAUACAGUUUGAUAAAACCUUUAAAACUAAUGUGUUUGUUUCGCUGUAACACUUUUUUUCAGCCAACUUUAAAUGAAAAUUUUGCUGUUUUUUUUGUUAUUGGAUCUUACCAGUGAUUUAAGCAGUGUUCUUUUAUUCUGAUGAUUUGUUAUUGCUCAGUACGGAAAAGAUGGCUAUCUUGAGCCUUGGUUUAAAUUUUUUUUUUUCAGUGUCUUCCAUUGUAUAUAUUUCAUAUACUACACAUUGUGAUGCUAUUAAAAGGAUAAUUUAAUCUUAGUGUAGGUAGUAUUGCUUUUGAAACUGUAAUGAUAAUGAAUAGCCACAUGCAAUAAAACAGUAACGUUAUUUAAGAAA